AUGGAAUCCUCGCGCAUAUUUGUGCGCGGCCUACCCUCAAACUUCACAGAGGAUGGCAUGCGAAAGCAUUUCGGCAGAUAUCCCAUUACAGACGUCAAGUUCUUCCCCCACCGCCGGAUAGGAUAUGUUGGCUACAAGACACCACAAGAUGCGGCCCAGGCAGUCAAAUACUUCGACAAGACCUUCAUCAAGCUGACAAGGAUAUAUGCGGAGAUAGCACGUCCAAUCGCCGACAAGGAACUACCCAAAUCCCGGCGACAGCAAAAGAUGGAGGCUCUCACACCGAAAACGGACGAGUACGUACCCAAACGACAGGAGAACGAGCUCAAGCGCAAGCGGGCCGAAGUCGAGCAGGAUCCGAAGCUGAAGGAAUUCUUGGAGGUGUAUCAACCUCCGUCCAAGACCAACAUAUGGACAAAUGGCGAUCUGCAACAGGCGCAGAUGCCUCCCGCGGCAGACGACGUUGUACCCGAGGUUGCCGUCCCCGAAGAUGAGAGCGACGACGAGUAUCAGGUUAUAUCGAAGAAGCCCAAGGUCAUGGAGCCAUCUGUGCAAACACCAGCCGAACCAGAAACAACGUCUACAGUCGAGCAGGAGCCAGCAGUAGCGACCAGUAGUGUCGAUGCCACUUCGGGUGAUGUCAUGGAAGUUGACCAAGAUAUCCCGGAAGCUGGACAAGGAGUAAUGUCUGAUGCAGACUGGCUGCGAUCAAGGACCAACAGAGUUCUCGAACUGGUGGAAGAUGACGAAGCGCCACCUGCCGCAAAUGCAGUUCCUGCUGUGAAGGCACCACCAGUGGUGGAACAGAUCACUCUCCAGCCUGCUCCACAAGAUGCGCCAGAAGAAUCAAAGGCAGAGGCACCAGCUGCCGAAGAACCAAAUGUCGAUGCGACUUCGGCAGAAGAAGACAGAAUACGAGAGACUGGCCGCCUGUUCCUUCGCAAUCUGCAUUACGAAGUCACAGAAGAUGAGUUGCGUGAGCAAUUCGCAAAACAUGGACCCCUCCAAGAAGUCCAUGUACCCUUGAACAAGGCCGAUGGAAAAGGCAAGGGCUUUGCUUUCGUUCAGUUCCAAAAUCACGAUCAUGCUGUGGAGGCAUACCUGGAUAAUGACAACACCAUCUUCCAAGGUCGGCUCCUUCACAUCAUAUCCGCCAAAGCCAAGAGAGAUACCGCUCUUGACGAAUUUGAGAUCUCAAAACUUCCACUUAAGAAACAAAAGGAGAUUAGGCGCAAACAGGAAGCAGCCAAGACCACCUUCAACUGGAAUUCUCUGUACAUGAACGCCGACGCAGUCAUGUCAACUGUAGCGUCCCGUAUGGGUAUCAGCAAGUCUGAAUUAUUGGACCCGACGUCAUCGGAUGCCGCAGUUAAGCAAGCUCAUGCGGAAACGCACAUCAUCCAAGAAACGAAGACCUAUUUCGCUCAGCAGGGCGUCGAUCUCGAGGCCUUCCAACGGAGUGCCAAGGGUGAUACUGCCAUACUAGUCAAAAACAUCCCACAUGGUGUAACCUCCGAUGAGCUGCGCAAGCUUUUCGAGGAGUAUGGUACCGUGAUCAGAUUUUUGAUGCCGCCAACAGGAAUGAGUGCGAUCAUCGAGUAUUCAAAUGCUGCAGAAGCAAAGACUGCAUUUGCAUCGUUGUCAUAUCGGAGGUUGAAAAACUCCAUCAUCUAUCUGGAAAAGGCUCCAAAAGAUUUGUUCAAGGAGGGGGUGGUGCCCAACGUUCCACAGCCUGUAUCUGUAGGGAAGGCGGGGACAAAGCUAUCUGCAACUGACCUGCUGGAAGAUGCGCCUGAACCCGAGACAUCGGACACGGCCACCCUCUUCGUGCGUAACCUCAACUUCACGACCACGAGUGAAAGACUCACAGAGGCUUUCAAACCCUUGUCUGGUUUCCGUAGCGCCAAGGUCAAAACCAAAAUCGACCCCAAACGCGGUGUACUAUCCAUGGGGUUCGGCUUUGUCGAGUUUACUAAUGCUGAGACGGCAACCGCAGCUCUGCGGACUAUGGAUGGCCAUGACCUCGAAGGUCAUAAACUUCAGAUCAAGGCUUCGCACAAGGGUGCGGAUGCAGCUGAAGAGAGACGUCGCGAGGACGCGUUGAAGAAGGCAGCGAGCACCAAGAUCCUUAUCAAGAACUUGCCCUUCGAAGCGAGUAAAAAAGAGGUUCGCGCCUUGUUCACCCCUUACGGCCAACUUCGGUCCGUCAGGGUACCCAAGAAGUUUGAUUCGUCGUCGCGUGGUUUUGGUUUCGCUGAGUUCACCACAAAACGCGACGCUCUCAAUGCCAUGAACGCUCUGAAGAACACCCAUCUCCUAGGGCGUCGACUAGUACUCGCGUUCGCAGAGACGGAGUCAGACGACCCCGAGAAGGAGUUGGAGAAGAUGCAACAAAAGGUUGGCGCACAGGCCAACAAAGUUGCCCUACAACGCCUCACAGCGGGUGGGCGCAAGAAGUUUAACGUUGCAGGCACUGAAGACGACCUAGAUGAUUAA